AUGUCAAAUUUUCAACGAACUAGAAGCAAGGUCUGGUGGGGCGACGCACCGCCAAAUAUUGGCAGUCCAGUCGCUCAACCCGAGUGGAACCAAAACAAUCGGAGAGACGAACAAGAAUGGGAGCCUCAGCUUCCUCAUUGGAUUGCUAAUCAGCCCGAACAAAGGAAUAAUAGCCGUGAUAAUUUAGCUCAGGCGAAUAAUGCGCAAAAUCAGUGGCCUCUUCGCCAUGGCAGUCCUGGCAGCCAUAAGAGCCAAGAUUCUGGAUUUUCGGAUUCAGACAGUUCCCCACCGACAUCUCAGUAUUAUUCUACACCGGAAAGUAGUGAUAAGAAUAAAUCCACGAAUAGCAGUGACUCGAAUAACAAUGAAAACAUUACUAUUAAGCAAGCCAUUAAUUUCCAAAAUACAUCGAAUAGUAAAGAUGUUGUAGAUAGUUCAAAAACAUCUGAAAACACAAAUAGUGCUACCCCUGUAGCGAAACCUAGGUUAAGGAGCAGUAGUGUAAUUCAGACUCCUUACGAUUUACAAAAAUACUGUGAGAUUCAUCAAGAUGAGGAACAUAUGGAAUUGUUAAAAGAUAAAGAUGAUAGUAAGAUCGAAUCUAAAUAUCCAGCUGCAAGAAAUGUUAAUGAUAAUGAUCAACAAGUCACCGAAAAAAUUGACAAAAGUUUUGGUUCGAAAUCAAUGAGAAAUGUCAAUACUACAAGUUCAAAAAUUAAUAAUUCCCCAAAUACUACCAUAGAUAGUAAAGAAAAAACAUCAAACAAAAGUGCAAUAGAAGUGGAUACCAAAGAUACGUCUGUAAAAAAUUUAAAUAUGUUAAGUCCCUCAAAAAAAUACCCAAUAAAGAAAUUUAUUUCUAAUACUGAUAGUAGUAACACAAAAUCAAUUAAAGUAGCUAAAGUAAAAGACUUAGAAAGUAGUAAAAAUAAAUCCAAUGAUAGUAUCGAAUAUAUAAAACUAUCACAUGAUAAUGAAAUCGCAGUUAACAAUCAACCCAGAGUUCGUACACCAAUAACAAAUGUAUCAUAUGUUCCAACUGAAAGGAUGUCGGCUACGAGACCCGAUUACAGACGUAGUAUGUCCAGUGAAGAAAAUAUUCCUAUUUCCACUACUCCGAAAUUUCAAAGAAAUAGGCUUAAUCAGUCACUUAAUUUUGAAGGACAGAGGUUAGACCAACAGAUAUUAGAUAUUCAAGAUGGUUAUCGUUCACUUGGGUAUAUAGAAGAAGAUGAACUAUCUGGAUCAAAACCUGUUCAUUCAAAAGAGCAAAUCCACAAACCAACAAAAGCUUUAUUAGGAAAAAAUAUAAUGGAUAGUCUACACUUGAAGCCAUCAAAGAAAGUAGGUCCUAAGGCGAAACAUCGAUCAGCAGCGAAGGGAGAAAAAGUAAAGGAACCAUUCAAGUUAUUUGCAGCGAAAAAAGAGAAACCUGGCGUCGUUGGUAGCAAGGCUGGUGGAGUUUUAAACGGCAGUCGGGUACCAUCAUUAGGUCUGCCUCGCACAUGCGAACAAAAUUCAUGGGUUAUUGUUGGAUAUCCAGAAAAUCAAGAAAUGUUAAUACCACAUUACAACGAAAGGCUAGUAUCUUCAGAAAGUGAUGCAAACCUUAAAGAAAAUGAUAAAAAAUCCGCUAACAAUAAUUUCGACAAACAUGGUAGAUUGACCCCACCGCUACAGUUCCAAGAUAAGCAGAAAAUUCCAUACGAAACAGAUUCAAAAUCAGAUAAAGACUUAACACACGAUUCUAAAAGAGAAAAAUUAAAAGAUGACAUGAACUUUCUGGAUGUUCAGUUAGACUUAGCGUGUACGUCGACACCAAAAAUGCUUGCACCUCAUGAGUUUAUGAAUGGUGUAAAAAGUAGCAAUAAGAAAAGUCCUAGAGUUAAUCUCCUAGAAAAUUUUAGCAGCGGGUUAAUUUUAAAUAAUCGCAACGAGAUAUUGUACAGAGAAAGGAGCAUAGAUCAAACAACAUUAGAACGUUUGUGUGAAAGGAAACCAGAACCUGUACAGUAUUGGCUUUGCGAUUUGGUCGGUUCCUGUGAGAACGAAUGUAUGACGACGCUGCAGAGCAAACCGCUCGGUGCAGAGAUGAAAGCUAUGGUAUCCGCCAGCUCGGCUACGAUCACAGGGAACAUAAAGAAAGUUCAGACGCAUGGUCAGAUCAUAGUACAUCAAUACAGUGACGUCAUAAGACAAAUUGAAUCACAGAAAACAAGCGAAGAACAAAUAUGUUUAUUAGUGGCGAACAUCAAUGAGUUCGUACUAGCUCACAGCAUAACAUUAAACACAAAACCUCCUGGAGAAACACCGGAGCGAUGGGACAAAAUAAAACAAUCUCUGCAGAUGUACCUACAGAAACUAAUAGAUAUAGGCGAGGAUGUUAAGAUUGAACUGAACGAAAGCAAACCGGAAUGGUCCUUAGUUCAAAAACAUUUGGACACGUUAAUCGAGAUAUUUCUAGAAACAACUAAAGCUGUAUUAGUUCAACAAAUGAAGACACUAGUAUCAAUAAUCGAAGAGCCACCAUCCGACAUGAUACUAAAAAGUACGCUGACAUCCAUCGGCCACUUGGCUAUGUUAACGGAAAAUACGGAAAAUUCGUUACACGAAAAAUGUUCUAAAAUAAUAAAAAGUGUAACCGAGUUGCCGUUCGUCGACUGCGGCGUCCCGAGAGCGUUGUUAACCGCUAUUAUUGAAACUAAGAAAAGUUCGAUAAAAGCGUUGUCUUUGAGGGCGCUGGCCACUGUUUGUGUUACCGGGGACGCGGUCAAACAGUUUGAAGAGGGUGGCGGUAUAGAAAUCCUAUCAGACAUAUUGUCAGAUAAAUCGAACCCCGAACCCCAGAUGCGGGAAGCCAUCACCGUCCUAACCCAGAUCACGGCACCCUGGUUACGUGGUCACUAUGACCUCACACAGCUACACGUGUUUUUGAACAGCAUUAUUGAAAAUAUUACAGAUAUUCUGUCUCGAACGGAUUGCUGCCAGCUAUUACUCCUCUGUACCGCAUGUCUCGUGAAUCUCGUCAGGGAAUUAGAACUAGAGAAAGAUGAGACGAAAGAAAAGAAAGACAGCACUGAUAUCAUCGAAGUACUGAUGAAGUACAAAACUCUCGAUCGAUUGUUGGAUGCGGUGAAGCGUCGUGGACCAAAUCUGUCGGUAUUCUUACAGGAGCAGACGGCGGCGCUGCUGGCGGCGCUGUCGCGCGUGGCGCGCUGCGUGCUGCCGCUGUCGCGCGCGGCCCGCGCCGGCGCCGCGCUGGCGUGCUUCGUGCGCGCGCCGCCCGCGCUGGCGCCGCGCGCCGCCGAGCUGCGCGCGCUGCUGCGGCUGCACUGCCACGCCGCCGAGGCCAUAUCGCGACUCGCAGUUGUGCCGGAUGUAGCCAACCAAAUCGUCCAAUUGGAAGGUGUUCCGCAUCUUACCCGCUUGGUUAGGAUGCAGCGAACCCACCCCCACACUGACGUAAACCCGGACCAAACCCUCAUACACUGUCUCAAGGCUCUCCGUACUAUCUACAAACACUACCCCGAAGCCUUUGCAGACCAGAAAGAUGUCGAUGAAAUGAUCAAACCACACUUAAUGGAAUCUUUGAUGCUAUUCUCUGCUAAACAAGAAAGCUACGUGUGAAUAUACAAAUCAAAUGAAAUUAGUUUUUCUAAAACCUACUUUAUGAAAUGACCAUUUACUGAGAUUUUAUACUUUACUAAUAAAUAAAUUAUUAUUCACACUAACAUCUUAUACCUAGCUUUAAGUGAUAUGAUUUUAAUUAUGAGCUGAAGACAUUCCAAAGAUUUUAGUUGUUAAUUAAAAACUUCGUAAGAAUAUUGUUAAAUAUUUAACAAAACAAACAUACGUACGUUACUCGAAACUAUCUCAUAUCGCUUUUAUGCAGAAAAUCUAAACACUAUUUGUCGAUAUCUAUAAAUUUACAGGCGACAUUUUGACAACUGAAAAAUUAUUCACGCUUUUUUAUAUACAUAUUUAGAUUUAAAGUUGUAAAUAAAAUGUUUAUACCUUUUUGUUUAUUUAUCGUAUCAGAUCCCACGAGGCCAUACUUAGGCUAGUCUUAAUCUGCAUGAUAUGCCAUCUAUAUGUACUACAUAUUUUUAUUAUUCUCGUAAGUGUUAGACUGUGCUUGUAAUCGAUAAAUUAAAUAUAUACAUAUCACAGUUCUAAACUUUAAUAUAACAUCGUAAACCACCUAUAAUUCGGUACCUAUUUGUACUUAUAUAACUUGAAAAAUAUAUAAAGCGAGAACCAUUUGUUCUACUUACUGUUAUGUUUAUAAAAUAAAGUAUAAUGCUCUAUUAUAA